UUCUUUGGUAGAUCUUCUCUGUGUUGCGCUGUGUCAGUUUGCUUUUCGUCGUCUCUGUUUAUGGUUAUGACUAGAAUAUUGACUCGGAUUUAAUAAAAUUACGCUCAUAUGUUUGUACAAUAACAAGUGUUGGUUUAGUUGCAAUUAUUUGUCCCAUGGUUGCUGUACUAAAUAAACUACGAUAGAAAAAAUGGAGGACAAAAUAUUGGUAGAGGAAGUGUGUAUCCUCACUUUACGAGAAAGAGUGUUUUUCGCAGCAAGAGAUGGAUUGUCUUUAACAUUAUAUGCAUUGUUAUAUGAAAAAAAUACUGACGAAAUUGACGAUUUGCUAAAUAGGGAUAUAUGUUGGGAGGGUAUAAAGUGCACACCGCUUAUAGCAGCUGCGCGUCAUGGCCGUGAGGCAGCUGUUAGAAUGCUCCUAGAGAAGUUCAGGCCUCCCGUCAGAUUGGAGACAGAAGGCACUGUCAAGUUUGAUGAAUAUGUUAUUGAAGGUGCAACAGCGCUCUGGUGCGCUGCUGGUGCAGGUCACUUGGGCAUCGUUAAGCGUCUGGUGCGUGCUGGUGCAAACGUCAAUCAUGCGACAAAGACCCUAAGCACACCACUCCGAGCGGCCUGCUUCGAUGGCCGUCUAGACAUAGUUAAAUAUCUAGUGCGACAUGGCGCUGAUAUACAUAAAGCGAAUAAAUAUAAUAAUACAUGUCUAAUGAUAGCAGCGUACAAAGGACAUUUGGAUGUGGUUCAAUUCUUGUUGGACUCUGGUGCGAAAGUGGACGAGCGCGCACUGUGCGGUGCGACUGCGCUGCACUUUGCGUCUGAAUGCGGACACGCGGCAGUCGUCUGCGCACUCAUAGAUCAUAAUGCUAAGAUACUUACUAACGAGAAUGGUAUGACACCGCUGCAGUGCGCGGCGGAGCGGGCGCGUGCCUCAGUAGUGGAGCUGUUGGCGACGAGGCCGGAGGUGACGAGGGCGCAGUCUAUUGAGGCCUACGAACUGUUGGGAGCGUCUUUUGCUAACGAUAAAGAGUACUAUUGUUUAAGGAUGGCGUACCAGUACCUGCACCGUGCGAUGGUCAUGCGGUACGACACUCGGUACGGACUGCUGCUGAAGAAGCCCGCGGACCCGAUACCAGCUUACGACAACUGGAGGGAGAGCACUACAAUAGAGGAUGUGGAGAGGCUGCAUGGGAAUGCGCAUGCGCUGCAUAUGGAGGGUCUGGCGGUACGGGAGCGUGUACUGGGACGAGGAUGUCCAGAUCUCCCCCAUCCUGUAGUCUUCCGUGGCGCAGUGUUUGCUGACGAGGCUCGUUUUGACCGUUGUCUCGCACUCUGGAGACAUGCGCUGCAGCUGCGACAUCACAACAAGGUGUCAAUAGUUAAGGAUCUUUUGAGGUUCGCGCAAGUCUUCUCUCAAAUGAUUCACAUCGGUAUUGAAUUGCCAUUAAAUCAGGUGUGUUUUGUAUUGGAAGCGUGUGCAGAAGAAUUAAAGCGAGGUCAGAUGAGGAUCAAAAAGCCGCAGAUCAAUUUUGACCCGGAGGCCUUGAUAAGCUUGGCUCUCGCGUACUCGCAACAGGAGGAGUACGAGAGCAACGUGCGGACCGCGCUCUACCUGGUCGCGGUCGCUGCGAGACUGCUGGAAGAUCCUGAACAUGAUGAGGAGUCGCGCAGUGCUGUACGUCGUGCGAUAUUCGGUCUGCGAAGUGUGCGGCUGCAGUCUGGUCAGACAUUGCUGCACCUUGCUGCAGACCGCCGCACGCCAGUAGACGACUUCCACACCAGCGAUGUCUGUCAGUUCCCGUGUGCGCGUACGACGCGGUUACUACUGGAGUGCGGCGCGGAGGUUGACGCGGCAGAUGACACGAGACGCACCGCGCUACACGUCGCCCUCAUAUCUGUACCGUUAAUGCCUGCGGAGGAGCAGCAGCAGUGGGGUGAGGCUCACUGUGCGGUGGCACGCGAGCUGCUGGCUAAAGGUGCGCACGUUGACGCAGUAGACGCGGACGGUCUCACGCCACUCCUCGCCGCUAUGGAAGGUCCCGCAGAGAGUUUAGUGCGGUCAGCACUGAGGCCGAGGUUGUCGUGUCUGGCGGCGGCUGCGCUGGCGCAACACCGGCGUCAGUACAGACCCUCGCAGGUCCCUCGUGACCUUCACGACUUCCUCACCAUGCACGGCGUCACGCCCAUGAAGUAGCCCCUCCUAUUUCACAUGCACGCGUCCAUGAGAUUUACACCUCAUAUGAUAACCUC